AUGGGAGCUGAAAACAAUGUCACAGAAUUCGUUCUCUUUGGACUUUCCUAUGACCAACACAUACCGAUGUUUUCUUUUAUCUUUUUCUUAUUCUGUUAUAUCAGUCUCCUCAUAGGAAACCUUGUAAUCCUCAUCUCUAUCCAUUGCAGUCAUCUUUUCCACCAACCAAUGUACUAUUUCCUCAGUCACUUGUCUUCUAUGGACAUCUAUUCUACUUUGAGCAUUACACCAAAAUUAAUUGGGGAUCUACUAACUGAAAGAAAAACCAUCUCCUAUGGUUAUUGUAUGCUCCAAAGCUUCACUAUGCACUUCUUUGGCAGUAUCAAGGUCUUUAUUCUGACUGCAAUGGCUUUUGACCGCUAUGUUGCCAUCUGUAAACCUCUCCACUACAUGGUCAUCAGGAGCAGGAAGAAGUGCAACCUUCUUGUUUUAGUGGCUUGGGCUGGUGGGGACGCUCACUCCUUUCCUCAGUUGACCAUGACUCUCAAGUUACCCUUCUGUGGCCCCAAUGAAAUUGAUCACUAUUUCUGUGACAUCUUCCCCUUACUGAAAAUUGCCUGCACAGAUACUUAUACCACUGGUGUUCUUGUUGUCAUCAAUUCAGGUAUAAUUGUCUUGGUGAUCUUUGUAAUCUUAUUUGUUUCUUAUGCCAUUAUACUAUGGACCCUACGCACACAUACAGCUGAAGGGCGGUGGAAAGCUCUCUCCACCUGUGGGUCUCAUUUCACAGUUGUGGUCUUGUUUUUUGUACCUGCAAUUUUUUCCUACCUUCGACCUCCUACUACUUAUCCAGAGGAUAAAGUGUUUGCUCUAUUUUAUACCAUCAUUGCUCCAAUGUUCAACCCCUUAAUCUAUACUCUGAGAAAUACUGAAAUAAAAAAUGCCAUGAGAAAGGUAUGGUGUGAAUGA